AUGUGGGGAGCGCCACAGCAACCGCUCAGCCAAAGACUUUGGGUUUCUGGCCAGCUUCCCCUCUCCGCUCACCAUCACUUCCGUCUGCCUCUCUCUUUCCCGUCACCGUCCUCACCUCCACUGCUCAACUCUACAAGCAUGUCGAUCGGGAAGCAUCUCACAGCGUCGAAGAGCGUCGAGGGCGUCUAUAGAGACGUGCGCGACGCCGUCGUCGACGGCCGACUGGCUCAAAACGCCGCAUUUCGCUUCAAGACUCUCGAGUCGCUCUUCGCGUUCCUCAACGGCAGCAAGGAGGACCUCCUGGACGCCGCCUUUGCCGACUACGAUGGAAGCGUCUCGCGCACCACGCUCGAGCUUGAGUACACGCUGGCACUUAAGCACGUUGCCGACGCCACGCAGAGAGCCUGCAAGCCCACCGUCAGGUCCGGUCCGCUUCCCGCACACUUUACCGCAGAGGAGAAAAAGGGUGGCGUCUUGCACGUGCAGAAACCCGUUGGCGCGGUCUUGAUAUUGGCAAGGGAAGACAAGCCUCUGUACGACCUCUUUGCGCCUGCUUCUUCGGCCCUGCUCGCGGGCAACGUCGUGUGCUGUGCUCUCUCGCCGCGCCUGCCGGCCCUCAACGCCGUGCUGGUUGGGAAAAUGGCGGCGGAACUGCCGCAGAACACCCUAGUAUUUUUCGCUCCCGGCAGCGAGAAGGAGCAUGCCGCCAGCUCUGAGGCGUUGGCCUCCUUCAACUUUGACAUUCGCAUCCCCGGCAGCCAGUCUGUCGCUCAGGCUCUGGCCUCUCCCGGUUAUGCCUACCUUUCUGACUCCUUCGCCCGCAACAGCUCUACCGACGUAUGGAAGAACGUGGGCGAAGAGCUGAUGCGCUCGGCCGUCCUGGCUGCUGGGCGCAACGUCGCCUCUCCUCGCUUCCUGCUCGUCAAGGAGGACGUGCUCGAGGCUGUGCAGAGCGCGCUCCUCUCUGCAGCCGGCAACGUCGAGGCGAUCCAGGGAUCUGAAAAGGACAUUCAGCAGCUCGACUUCCUACUCUACGCAGCCAGCAAGGCAGGCGAGCUGGCGAUCGUGAGACCAGUGCAGGCCAACGCCGCACCGGGCAUCGUCACGCUGCCUGCGCCCAAGGCAAACGCUCGCUUCGCGAGCCUCCUCAGCGAUCCGGGAUUCCUCGAGACCGUCACUCGGGUUCCCAUCCUCGUUCUGAUCGCAGUGUCGAGCACUGAGCACGCCUUCUUCGUUGUCGAAAAUCUGAAGCUGAACGGCACCUGCGCGAUCUACUCACACGACGAGGCCGAGAUUCGCUACAUGACUGCCGAGCUGGCGUCGACCUUCUCCAUCAACCACCUCGCAUUGGAUCUGCUAUUCUCGAGCUAUGUGCCACGGUUGUCGUCCGGCGCGCUCCGCUGGUCUCCCGAGCUUUUCGGUCAAAGUGCGCGCGUCCAGCUCCAGUCUGUCGAGGCAGGAUCCUUGCUUUCGCCAGCCCCGGCGACCCGGAAGGCACUCGAGAAGCAGAUCAACAAGACUCGCCGACUGGUCAAGGCCUCGCGCGCCCAUGUCAAGCUGCCGCUGCUGCGAGUUUUCUUCCUCCAAGGUCUCUUCUUGUUCUGGGGUAGCGUCCUGGGCGGCAGCGUCCUGGGCGGUCUCUAUGCACUUUUCCGCGUGGGUCGCUGGGCGGUACUUCGAUACAUGUGA